UUAGACAACAUAAUUUUGUUGGCUUGUCAUAAGCUUUCAUAGCUUGUGUAUUGGGCUAGAGGCAUUGCCAGUUAAAAUGCUUUUUUCAUUCACAAUAGCUAUGAUUUUUCCCAAAAAAAGUAGUUGGCAAUAGCGACAACCCCCAUUUUGACAGACAAAAAUGUAAACAAAUGGAAAUAUAUAAAUGAAACGUAUAGAAGUGCACGAAAUGGAAAAUUUUAUAAAAGAUGCGUUGCUUGGUACUAUGUACACAAAUUCAAAUGUUGAAGAGUAUAACGAAAUAUUGACCAUCCUUGCUAGCUUAGCUGCUGAAUCAAGUUCGUCAUCGGAGGAUUCAGAACAAGAGCAGAUAGAGCAUCCAAAAUGCUCUAAUUUUGUGGACACCAUUGAUAGUUUUGAAGAUGAGGAUUUCAAAUCUCACUUUCGUUUGAGCCGCACCACUUUAGAUUACUUAAUAGGAAGAUAUGAAGAAAGUGAACAAACCCGUUUUGCUACGAAGGCCGGAAAAACCAAAAUUCCUGCUAAAACAAUGAUGUACAUGUAUGUAUGGUAUUUAAGUAACACAAUUACCUACAGACAACUAGCCGUAUUGUUUGGUGUAACGAAGUCCACAGCAUGGGCGAUUGUUCGUCGGGUUGUAGCGUGGGUUAUCUCAAUAGGUCAUGAGUUUGUUAAGUGGCCAAUUGGAGAUGCGUUGGAAGAAACAACUCGCAAGUUUUUACAAAGGAAACAAAUACCAGGUGUUAUUGGUGCUAUUGAUUGUACCCAUAUAAUUAAUGCACCAAUAAAAGACAAACAUAUAUAUUUUGAUCGAAAACGUAAUUAUAGUGUUGUUCUACAGGCCAUUGUCGAUGCUGAUUAAAAAUUUAUUGAUAUUUAUUGUGGUGAACCCGGAUCAUAUCAUGACUCUAGAGUGCUAAAAAGGUCAGCAUUUUAUAGAAAAGCGGAAAGUAAUAUGGAAAGUUUAUUUCCAAAUUCUACUUUUAUUCUCGGGGACUCGGCAUACCCUUGCAGAAAUUACCUCAUACCGGUAUUUAAAGAUUAUGGUUCGUUAACGCCUAAUCAA